UUUAUCGUUAUAUCAUCUGGACACGUUUGAUCUUUGACCUGCAGCUAUGCAGACUGAGUUGAGGUGUGGUCUGUCAUACUCCUCAGAUGGCAUUUCUCUCAGAGAUCUGCAUUUGAACCGCUGGAGAGAAGAGAGUAACAUUAGACCAGCUGCGAUGGCUAAAGCGGAACACCCUGAGACUGCAGAACCGAACCAGAUCGGACCGGAUUCAGAGUCUGAUUCGGAUCCGGAUGACCAUUUGCCUUGUGUGGAUGCAGCAGCGAGAUCCGGAGCAGUCCACCUGACUCAGGUGAUCCACAGCGGGCACUUCAUGGUCUCCUCGCCGCACAGUGAUUCCGUGAGAAGGAGAAGUGUGUGUGAUUUCGGCACAGUUAAUAAACCGGGCUGCCAGAUCUACAGUUUCGGUCCAUUAAGCUCCAGACGCCUCAGCAUUGACCCCUCUCUCACCCGCCUGUUUGAAUGCAUGACACUGGCCUACAGUGGGAAAAUUGUGUCACCAAAGUGGAAGUCUUUCAAAGGCUUGAGGCUGUUGUGGAGGGAUAAAAUCCGGCUGAAUAACGGUAUCUGGAGGGCUUGGUUCAUUCAGUAUGUGGAAAAAAGGAAGAACCCUGUGUGUGGGUUUGUCACGCCAUUGGAGGGUUCGGAGGCGGAUGCCCACGGCAAACCUGAGGCGAUUGUUCUGGAGGGAAGCUACUGGAAGAGACGGAUAGAAGUGGUAAUUAAAGAAUAUCACAAAUGGAGAAUUUACUAUAAGAAAAGACUUCAGAAGAACAAAGACCUGCUUUCCAUGCUGCAAAAGAGGCCUAUCUGCAGGACAGGGCUGGAUAAAUGGACCAAUCAGAUUUAUCCAGUGCCCGAGGCAGCAUCAGAGGAAGUGCACAUGUUUGACUUGGACUGCUUCCUGUCGGAUAUCUCAGACACGUUGUUCACCAUGACCCAGAAGCCCAGCCCCUGGAGUGGAGAACGCCAAAACACUUACACCAGUAAUGCGGACAUGAUCCAGCCCGGUUUGACACCACUGCAGCCCAACUUAGAUGAUCUGAUGGACAUACCAGACAUCUUCAUGAGUUACCGUGGGCAGUCGACAGACCACGUUGGUUAUUUUGACUGUGGCUUCUUUGAGAGUUCAUCUAGUGCUGCGUUUCCUUCAACUCCUGCCCCUGCGGUCACCACAGCACUGAUACAUACUGGACCUCUGAUAACACAGCCCACAAUCUCAGCUGAAAGUUUACCUCAGCCCUCCUCAUCUGUAAAUCUAUCUGGACCCAGUUACCCCCACCAGACCCUAAACCCUGACCUGACCUUUAUCCCCAGUGCUGAAACCUCAGAACCCAAGUUCAAAGGGCACUCAGAGUAUAUCAGUGAAUUCCAUCACUCUCUGAACCCUUUGUCUGGCAUAACUUCUUACGGACAGCGCGUGUCUUUCAGCGGCCACACCGCUGGCAUGGCAAGCACAGAGAUGCCAGGCGCCAUGGCACAGGAUACUCCUUACUCGUACCCAACAGCCUACCUCAGACACAGACAUCCAUCCAGCCAAUCACGGACCAGCACGGCUGCCAAGUCCACCGUUAUCACCCACAUGGGUUCUGCUGCGACCGCUCUGCCAUUGGACACCCAACACGGGCUCGGAUACUCCAGCAUGGCAGAGAUGUUUCCUCCUGUAACCUCUUUAGGAUACCAGCCCUCACACGGCCUCUCUCACUGCUUCUCCGUGCCGCAGCAGAUGGGCGUGGCAACAGUCAGAGGGAAGCACAAACAAAAGCCUGAAGGAGUCCAAUUAGUUGGCACGGUGAUGAAGUCAUCAACAGCUCCGCCCACACAGACAAGCUGCCUGGCCAAUCUGCUCUCUUCUAGAUCUCAAGAGCGAAAACCUUCAUUGAAUAUUGACUCUUCUAUAACUGGGUCAAAGGGCCAUACAGCAGCGUCACCUAUUUCUUCUCCAACCGGCAGCAGUCAAGGGGGAUCACAGAUUUCCCACAAUUCCCCCUGGGCUUCUACAUCACUGUCAGCGUUACACUGUCAGAUGGCAGUGUCAGGUCACACCCACAGUGGCACAACACAGGGAAGCACCAUCUCCUCUCUCCUCAUGCAACAAACGCCACUCCUGACACCCAAAACAGAGAAACUCUCCCCUGUGCAAGUGCACGCUACAGAGAGGACCAGUUUAGCAGUGAGUUUUUCAAGAAGUGUUGGACAGACCUCCCCGACAAAUCCACCGGAGAAAAACCCAGAGUCAUCAUACUUCUUACCCAGACAAGCCAAGACCGAUACACGGCGGAUCACACACAUCUCUGCUGAACAGAAGAGACGCUUUAACAUCAAGCUUGGGUUUGACACGUUACACAGUCUGGUGAGCACUCUCAGCUCACAGCCUAGUAUAAAGAUCAGUAAGGCCACCACACUGCAGAAGACAGCGGAGUACAUCGGUAAGAUGCAGCAGGAGAGAGGUCAACUUCACGAGGAAGCUCAGAGACUCAGAGAUGAGAUACUAGCACUCAACUCGGCCAUCAACGUGUGUCAGCAGCAGCUUCCUGCGACGGGCGUCCCAAUAACACGGCAGCGUUUUGACCUGAUGAGGGAGAAGUUCAGAGAGUAUGUGAGAGCUCAGACGCUGCAGAACUGGAAGUUCUGGAUUUUCAGUGUCAUAAUUGAGCCCCUGUUUGAAUCGUAUAACGGUAUGGUGUCCACAGCCAGUGUAGAGGAUCUGUGUCGUACCACUCUCUCCUGGCUGGACCAGCACUGCUCUCUGCCCACGCUCAGACCCACCAUUUUGAGUUCACUUCGUCUGCUCAGCACCUCCACGUCAAUCCUGUCAGACCCAAUUCUGAUUCCUGAACAAGCCAUGCAAGCUGUCACUCAGGGACAUUCAUCCCACAGCUACAACCACUGACAACAUGUUGUAUUCUCUCAAAAGUGCAACCAAUCAUAUCAUCUAUCCCAUAGCUGCAAGGGUCCAUGAUGGUUAGGAUGCUGCCAUAAAAGGCAAGGCAGGUCACUAGGUUUUGGACCAGAGAGAAUGACAGCACACUCUAUAUAAUACUGCAGCCAAUCAUAUCAUCUGUCUGACAGCGGCAACCAAUGACAAUGCAACAUACUCUCUCAAAACUCUGGCCAAUGCAAUGAUAUCACGCCUUCUAGACUUGCAACCAAUGACAGUGCUCUUUUUUCUACUCUUUUUGAAUUAUUUUGUUUUAGUUAUUUGUGUAGUAGUUUGUUUUGUUGAUUUUUAUUUUAUUUUUUUUGGGGGGGGGGGGGUAUCAUUAUUUAUAUUACAGUCGAGAGACGAAAGGAAAUUAUGGUUAGAAGAGAGGGGGAACAGGAUCGAGAUAUGAUUUGAACUAGAUUCAAACUCACUUUGCCCACAUCAGAGCACCACAGCUCAAUUCAUGUAUAUCAGAGCACUAAGCUUAGAUUACUUCUGUGCAGUUCAUCAGUAGUUUUUCACAUGCGGUGAAAAUGUUUUAUAUGCCUUAGUGUUUAUGCCACAGCAUAUGUUCUCAAUGGAGGCUGCGCUUUUCUUCCCAUGUUAUUGUUUUAUAAUUCCUGUAAAAAUAUUAAGGAAUGUGAGUGUGAUACAGUGAAACACCUAAUCUAUGACUGUUCUGUGCCUUGUUUACAUUAAGACAUGUGAUUUCAGCUUUAAAAUACACAAAUAGUUGGUCUUUUAAACAAGGUGUGAAUUUGUAGGACAUUACUGGUUCAAAAUUCAGCAAUAAAUGUAAAAUGUGACCGUG